AGAGCGGGGGGAGGGAUCAUGGCUGGUCGGAUCCUAGCCCUGCGCUCUGGCCCUCCCUGGCCCCCCAUCUCUGGGACCGAGGAUCCAGGAUCCUGGCCCAACUGGCAUCUCACCAGCACUGGUGUCGCCCACCACAUUAUCCCAUCCGUGCCCUUUCGCCCGCCCACGCUCCAGUCCACGGUGGCGGAGCCCCUGCCCCCACCCGCAAAGCCGGAUUUGCACAUCUGGGCCUUCGACGAGGUCCUCAGCAGAUGGGAGACAACCUCUGGCUCGGCUCACGGGGUGCUCAAGACGCACGGCGGGCCCUACGCGCAGCCCAAGGUCCCAAAGCCGAAGGACCUCGCGCGGUCUGUGGGGAUGAAGGAUUUAGGGGAAAAGCUCAGUCGCCAAGGCUGGUGCCUCCCGCUGACCACAAAGGACCAGUGCAGCGAGGCGCGGGCGCACUACUCCGCGUGGCCCGACCUGCACCUGCGCGCCCGGCCCCUGCGGUUCGCCGACCACCACCUCACGGGCGUGUCCCAGACUCUCAUUCCCUGGAGGAUGAGCCCGGAGCUGGCCGGCCGGCCUGUCCUAGUCUCCAACCAGGGCAUCCUAGACCACUUUCAGCUCUACCAGUCCACCGCAGCCGGGGACUUCCGAGCCUACUCGAAGAAGGAGUUGUUACCCUGGGGCCAUCGCCCCCAGAAGCCGCCCUGUCCACCCUCCUGGGGGGUGCCCCAGCCGCGGCGGAUCCGUGUGCCCCGCGCCCGCCCGGUGACGCCGGCGGUGCCGCACCGCGGGGCGCUGUCCCUGGCGCAGGAGUCCUACAGCCUCCCGCUGCACCCGCUGCGCCGGCUGGACCGCUUCUACCCGCUGGAGCUGUCCUGGGGAGUCCCGCACCGGAACCCCGUGCCGGGCGUCUACAGCGUGCCGCAAGCCUACCGCACCGAGAGCUCCAACUACGGCAGCUCCAAGCCCGCCCUGGUCUGAGCGCCCCGCCCGCCGCCCGCCCCGCCGCAGACACGGUCCCCGGAGCAGGGGCGGGGCCGAGCCUGGGAGCCAGCCACUGGGCACCCCGUGGGCGGGGCUGAGCUUGGGAACCCCGCUCACCACUUGGGGGCAGGACAGAGUCUGGCCGUGGGCGGGGCGAACCCCACCUGCACCCACUCGACUGUGGGGGCGGGGGCGGGCCUGGAAUACGUACUUGGGGCUGUGGGCCAGCGGGCAGGGCGUGCCCCCCGCGGCCGAAGGGGCCGAGCUUCUCUUAUCAAUGACAGUGAAACAGUCUACACCUCGCUCUUUGCUGGGUCGGGC